AUGCCGUACCCCGAAGAGGCAGAGGGUUUCCAGGUCGAUGGACCUGCGAGCUUUACCCAGUUCAACAAGCGCUUCAUGUCGACGUCAAGAUCGAAGCCUGCGGCGUGUGCGGCAGUGACGUGCACACCAUCAGCGGAGGAUGGGGCGACCAGAAGUUCCCCCUUUGCGUGGGCCACGAUCAUCGGGCGUGCAAUUCGUGUCGGACCCAAGGUGACAUUGAUCAAAGAAGGCGAGCGCGUAGGCGUCGGCGCCCAAUCCUACUCCUGCGGCGAGUGCAAGCAAUGCCGCAAUGACAACGAGACCUACUGCCCCGUGCAGAUGAUGGAUACCUAUGGCUCUGAGUGGCCCGAGACAGGCAUCGUCAGCCAGGGCGGAUACUCAUCUCAUGUGCGCACCCAUGAACACUGGGUCUUCCCCAUCCCCGAUGCCUUGGAGAGCAACACUGUUGCUCCGAUGCUGUGCGCUGGUUUGACGGCGUACUCUCCUCUUGUGAGGAAUGGUGCCGGGCCCGGAAAGAAGGUUGGUAUCGUGGGACUGGGAGGCAUUGGACAUUUUGGAGUGAUGUUUGCUAAGGCGUUGGGGGCGGAGACGUGGGCUAUUUCGCGGUCGCGGGCUAAGGAGACGGAUGCUUUGAAGCUCGGUGCGGAUGGGUACAUUGCUACUGCUGAAGAGGGAUGGGAGAAGGAUCAUCUCUACUCGUUUGAUUUGAUUAUCAACUGUGCUAACUCUUCUGAGGGCUUUGACUUGGCGCGCUAUCUGUCUAUGAUGGAUGUUCAUGGUCGCUGGAUUAGUGUCGGUCUGCCCGAGGAGGAGGGACAGGUCAUCAAGGCUCAGAACUUGAUUUCUAACGGUGUGCUCAUUGGUGCUAGUCACUUGGGCAGCCGUCGUGAGAUGCUUGAGAUGUUGCAGCUGGCUGCGGAUAAGGGUCUGAAGGGAUGGGUUGAGGAGAUUAACAUUAGUGAGGACGGUCUCAAGGAGGCCAUGGAGCGUAUGAAGAAGGGUGAUGUCCACUAUCGGUUCACUCUGACGGGAUACGAGAAGAUCUUUGGAUAG